CGCCGCAGUUUGAAUGUGCUCCGCCCGGAAACAGUCUGACAAGCCUGGCAACCGAUUUGACGAGCGACUCGGGCACAAUGCAGUUAGCUAGCAAGCUGUUCAAAAAGGUGUAAUUCAUAGUUUGGCAACUGAGAAAAGAUACAUGACGGUGCUAUGUUGUGGAAUAAGGAGAAGUAUUUUAGUUUUUUUCAAAUAGGACAAACAAGGCUAACAAGCCAAUGUUACUUGCUAACAUAACUGGCUAACGAUUGCUAGCUUACUGCACAAUAGCCUCUGCUGUAUGUAGAUAGACGGUUCAUAACGUAACUUUGGACAGUUCUUGAUUUUCUUUGGGGCCGUUACUCUUGGUUUCUUUUAGUGGUGAGAUGAUUGUCUGGCUUAAGCCUUGUGAGCAGCUAUAAUCGGUCACAUGGGACGACGAGUUAGUGCCAGAAGUUUGAGUAAAGUGAUUCGAUUAGGCUGGGUACAAGGCUGAGCUGUUGUGAAAGUAAGAGCACAUCUUAUCCCAGCAGGAGAGGGUGAAUCGAGACUGGCAGAGAGAAGCAAAGAGUGCGUUUGGGGAAGAAAAAAAACGUUAUAGGCAGAUAGAUAAAAUGAAAGUGGUGGAGAAAAACAUAAUGCGCCUGGUGGCUGUGCAGCAGCUCCGCACAGCUUACGGGAUAAAGACAAAGAACUGGAACAAAAACAAAGCAGCCUCCUGCAAGUCAACAGCCAGCAACUCGACAAAAGUUUUUGGUGUACCCUUGGACGGCUUACCAUAUUAUAACAUGGAAUGUGGGAGUGUGCCAAGCUUUCUGGUCGACGCGUGUAUGAAGCUGCUUGCGCAUGUUGACACGGAGGGCCUGUUCAGAAAAUCCGGCUCCGUCGUUCGGCUGAAAGCUCUCAGGGCUAAACUGGACGCGGGAGAGGAGUGCCUGUCCACCGCCCUCCCCUGUGACGUGGCAUGUCUGGUGAAGCAGUUCUUCCGGGAGCUUCCGGAGCCCGUGCUGCCCGCAGAGCUGCAGGACGCCUUCAUCAAGGCCCAGCAGCUGCCCACUGAGGAGGACAAAACCUCAGCCACCAUGUUGCUGACCUGCGUUCUGCCAGACAGAAACAUUAGUCUCCUGCGUCACUUCUUUGAAUUUCUUCAGAAUGUGUCUCAGAGGAGUGCAGAAAACAAAAUGGAUAGCAGUAAUUUGUCUUUGAUUUUGGCGCCAAACCUCCUUCACUUUGGGGAUGGUUCAGAGAAGAUGAACGCCACCACAGAGAAACGCCUCAAGCUGCAGGCGGCCAUAGUUCACUGCUUCAUCGAAAACGCUCCCGGCUUUGGUGUGUUACCACAGUUUCUUCGAGAAAAGAUUCCUACCAUGAUGGGCUGUGAGUCUGGGGUUCCGUCUCCCUCUCAGGAUGAACUCGAAGAGUUGGAAAUAAACUCAGGGAUGAAAAGGAAAAACAGACGCAGCUUUGGAGAUAUGGUCAAUGGUGCACUGAAUAAGAUAAAAACUAAUAGAACCCCCACAAAUGCCUCCCAGGCAGACAGUGUUGUAUUUACCUCCGCGACUCCUGUGAUUGCCACGCCGUCUUCCAAGCGAAAGCUUCCUUUGGAAUCUGGCCACUCUUUUGGAUUUUCAAACAAGAAACUUAAAUCUGUCAAAAAGAGCCUUGGGAUAGAAUUACUCCCCAACACUUUAUUCAGCGGAGCCUCCACCCCUGGAUCAGCCUGCAGUGCCUCGGGGGUCUUAGAUUCCUCUCAGAAUGCUCUGCUGUCAGCUGGGAGGUCUAGAAGGCAAUCUGUUACCUCUGUGCGUAGGAAGAGCAAACGACUCAGUAGUAGACAUGCUGUCAACAGAGUUGAAUCCGGAAGAGCUGGCUGCUUCUCUCCUAAAGUGACCAAAAAAGAAGCUCCACGCAAGUCUCUCCGCCUGCGUUUCAGCCUGGGGAAGAGCAGCAAAGACUCCGGAUCAGAGUCCAUCGGCUUGCGACUCGCCACACAGGAGAGCACCAACAGUUUCCAUUUCACCAAAGAGUUCAGUCCGUCAGUUCUCCCCAGAAAAACCGAGCCCAAAUGCUCCAAGUUCAUCAGCAAAUCCGAAGACAACCUGCUGACUCCCCAGUGCGACUCCACCCCCCACCUGGCCUCGUGGAUUGCGGACACCCCCGUAGGAGCCCAGACUUUCAGAAGAGGGUCUGUAACAGACACCCCCAUGGCCAUGUGCCUCAAGAACAGCUACGCGUCCGAACCCGCCAUCGUCCCGCACAAGCCCCCCGCCGCUGCCGGCCGGCCAAUCAAGCUGUGCUGCACGUCCAGCGCCGAGAGCCUGGAGAGUGACCGCUCCAUCUCCGGAUCGCAAACACUUCUGAAAAUCCACACGGACUCCACAGAGCUGCGGGGUGGCGCCCAGGCCGGAGGAGGACAGGUUAUGAAGCCUUCAAAUGGCACCCCUUUUACUCCAACGCUGACCGCUGCAGGUACAGGCCCAGAGACCUCCAGCUGCCCGGCUCAGCAGAGGUUCCUGGCCAAUGAACAGAACGUCACCUUUGGCCAAAUCGAAAUGGCCGGGCUCACUCCUUUGCAUAUCGAUAGUGUCAUGUUAGAGUCCAGCACACACUCUAGUCCAGUGGUUAAGGAGGGCGUGUCCGCUCAGGUCAGUGACCGUCAUGCUCUGAUGAUGGGGCACGAUGAGGAGGAGGCAGAGCAGGUGAACAGUAGCCGGCUCAUUGAUGCUCUGGACAUCCAGAGUCCCUCUCAUUUCAGACUGGGCGUCUACUCUGGACUGCAGUCGACGCCGUACAAGCUCCAACCCGAGGAUCAGGCUGAUACACCGACCAAAACAACCAAAACCGGCAGCCAGACGCAUGAGAAGACGGGGUUUUCUCCAGGACUCGGCCCCAAAGUCCAAAAUCUCUCGCCGUCCAGUCAGGAGGCCGAAAAGCGGCGGGUGGCCGAGCACAUCCAACACUUCAACCAGCUCACCAUUUACUCUCCCCCGGGCCCCAAAAGCAAACGGAUCAGGUCGCCGCUCAAGUUCCAGCGCACGCCCGUGAGGCAGACUGUCCGCAGGAUCAACUCUCUCCUGGGAGAGAGCAGCAGGCCGGGCAGGAAGUCGGAGUUCUCCGCCUGCCCGAGCACUCACGUGGCCAAAGCCGUGAGUCUGGAGAGCGGCCUCUCUCCACACCCGGGACCCCCCAACAGGAGAGGCUCCAUGAAGAAACCACCCCCGGUCCCACCAAAAAAGCCAAGCACCCUGGCCCGAAAGCCCGCUCUGGGGGAUAUGACCAACCGCGUCCAGGCUAAGGCCAAAACGGACCGCUCGGCCUCUGAGCCCACUCGAGCCCAGAAGCCUCUGGUGCAGGAGAUAGCGGAGAAAGACAUGAACCAUUACAGAGGAUCUCCCCGAAACCCUCUGAACCAGGCCAGACUCCUCUCGGCUACAAAACCCAUUGAUUUAUAGUGGGUUCUCCCUCUUUUUUUUUUUCCUUUUUCCCCCUUUUUUACGCUAUGCAGGUGUCUUUCUGGCGAAACUACACGAAAACAAACAUGCCGAUUUUGGGACAUUUUCGCUGUCCUAAUUUAUUUUUGUGGCUGCCAUAGAAGCUGUUUAAGGACCUUUUUUAGGAGAUAAUGAAAUGCCUUACAGGUGAAUAUGAACACAACAGCUACAGGAUGAAUUGGAAGGAUGCGCUUGGAUUACAGCGCGCAGGCCAGAUCACGGGAAAUGUAACUUGGUGGUGUGACUGGAAAUGUCUGAUCGAUUCUUUAUUUAUGCAUUUUGCUGUGAACGCUGAGGUGACCAAGUGAAAAUUGAACCUGUUUAUUUUCUUUUUCUUUUUUUCAGCUACACAAAAUGUUCUUGUUGUCUUACGAUCUGGAAAAAAAUGCACCUUUUUUUAUUAUUAAAAAAAGGCACAAGCCCAAACUGUUUGGAACCAUUAUUUUCCUCCUCAUUCAGC